AUGGGUAUCGACCUCGUCGCCGGCGGCCGUAACAAGAGGACCAAGCGCACCGCGCCAAAGUCGGACGAUGUCUACCUCAAGCUUCUGGUGAAGCUCUACCGCUUCCUGGUGAGGAGGACCAAGAGCCAGUUCAAUGCCGUGAUCCUGAAGCGCCUCUUCAUGAGCAAGACCAACCGCCCGCCGCUCUCGCUUCGUCGCCUCGUCAAGUUCUUGGAUGGCAAGGAUAACCAAAUCGCUGUGGUCGUGGGCACCAUAACCGACGACAAGAGAGUUUACGAGGUGCCGGCGAUCAAGGUGGCAGCUCUCAGGUUCACUGAGACGGCAAGGGCCCGCAUUGUGAAUGCCGGUGGAGAAUGCCUCACCUUUGACCAGCUGGCCCUUCGUGCUCCUCUUGGCCAGAACACGGUUCUCCUGAGGGGUCCAAAGAAUGCCCGUGAGGCAGUGAGGCACUUCGGUAAGGCUCCUGGUGUGCCGCACAGCCAUACCAAGCCUUAUGUCCGCUCGAAGGGAAGGAAGUUUGAGAAGGCAAGAGGAAGGAGGAACAGCAGAGGCUUCAAGGUCUAG